GUUCCUGCUUAUCUCACUCCCCAUUCCAUCCCCUCUCCCUGCCUGUGCCUUUCCCUCUACGCGUUGGCUUUUACUGCGGCUCUUGCUUCUGGCCGGCUCAUCCCCUGUGGUUGUCACGCCAUCUAUGACCUUCUAGCCACUGAUGCCGGCCGUCGAAGCAACCCCCGUCCCAUCCUCCGAGUCCGGUCUUGUCAAGAUGGAAGACCGGAAAAGAGCUGCCGCUUAUGAUCACAAUGAAUCCGCUCCUCCCCUGAAGAAACACGCGACUUCAGUGAAUGGUAGUAGCAAGCCUCAUCCCGACGCUGACAUGCCUUGGAAAGAUGACCUGGAGCGAUUUCAGAAGGAUGCGAUAUGGCGCCAGAUGCAAGAGUAUAAACGCGAUAAAGUCUCCCUGGAGACCAGGUUGAAGGAAAUGACAAAGGCUGCCACCCACCAUAAUGACCAUCUUCGAGUCAUCGAUGCAUGGUUUCACCAGUUGAUUGAUGAGGUUAAACUUCUUUUGGGCGCCCCGACAGACGAAGCUAAAGACCGACCGUCCUUCCAGAGCUCCCUCCUGUUCGAGGAUGUUGAAGGCUUUGAGAAACACCUUAAAUCCCGUACAGAUGACAUCAGUGACAUAAUCUCGCGCUUUAAGUCCGUAUCGACAAGAGCCCCUCCUGAUGUGUCAGAGUUGCAAAGUCAACUAGCGAAGAAAUUGGCCGAAGAGAAGGUCACCAUUUCCGAGCUCGAAAGAGCCCUUGCUGAAAAACAACAACUCGAGGAGCAGCUAGAGGCUGCAUCCUUGCGGUAUAUGGUGGCCGAAAAGAAACUUGAUCGUGCAAGAAGCUUGACCGUGGCUAAACUCGAAAAGCAAUACAUUCUUGGUGCGCAGCGGCCAGGAGGCGACAGUGCGUCAGGAAAUCGAGAAGAGGCUUCAGCGUCAAAUGGUGCCGCCUAUAGGGGUGAGCGCAACGAAGAAUUGGAAGAGGCGCAUCACAAGCUCGUGGCUGUAUCCGAAAAGCAAAAAGAACAGCUACAGAAAUUGGAGGCCGAUAAUUCCAAACUGGUCAACCAGAUCACAGAAUUGAAAUUCAAGUACUCAAAGCUCACCGAUGAGGAUUAUGCGCACACGGAUCUGUUCAAACUGCUUAAAUCACAGUACGAAGACGUCGUCAAGCGCCUCAAUCACCUUGAAGCAACAAAUGUUCAGCUACGCGAAGAGGCAGAAAAGCUACGAUCUGAGAGGACUUCAUACCGCAAUCAACUUGAAGAAGAGACCCAGAGUACCAUCGCAGAGAAAGAAGCGCAGCUGGUGAGGGCCGAGACGGACUUGGCGCGGAUACGGAAUGCCCGUGAUGAACUCCUAGCGGAUCAGCAAAUUAGGAAGGCUGCACAAGAACAGGAAAAAACAGCUUCCAUCAAAAUGAAGGAAUUGACUGAAGCGAGGGAGGCACAAAUCGCGUCAUUGGAGUCUGAAGUGGAGAGACUACGCUUACGAGUUGGCGAUGUGAAAGCCGACCCAAUAGGCACCGAAGAGGUUCCUCUUGAAGAUCUGCGUGUAAAAUUCCGUAACCUGGAACGCCAGUAUUCGAUGUUGAACACUGAGUUAACCUCGAUGCAAACGGCCUGCAAGAAAUACUCGUCGCUAGCGUCGCAGAAAGUUACCGACUUUAGUGCCCUAGAAGAGAAGGUAGCACGGCUGAUUGCGGAGAAAUCGAAAGCGGACCAGAAAUAUUUCGCAGCCAUGAAGAGUAAAGAGGCGAGGGAACAUGAAGUUCGCACGCUAAGGGUGCAGAAUUCGAAGAGUUCAGAUAUUGUCUCGCAGCUCAAGGAAUCGGAGGCGACAACUCGUUCAUUGCUAGCAAAUAUGGAAAAGCAGGUUAGCGAGAGCAAGGAAGCCUUGAAUUCGGUACUCUAUAAACACCACGCCGCAGAACAGCGACUUACGGAAAACAACAUAGCUAUGGAUGGUUUGAGGGCCCAGGUUGCUGAACUGAAGACCUUGUCUCUGUCAAAGGAUUCGGCUUUAGCCAAUGCUUCUAGUGCUCAUCGCAAAGCGGAAACGGAAAUCGAGGGCCUCAAGUCGACACUCGCCGAUACCAAGAAAAGCUUAGAGAACUGGAAGAAUAAGAGCCUCGGGAACUCUUCAUCUGAAUAUGAGAUGCUAAGGACCCUUGCAAUCUGCACCGUUUGCCGCAGGAAUUUCAAGAACACUGCGAUAAAGACAUGUGGCCAUGUUUUCUGCAAGGAAUGCGUGGAAGAGCGCCUCAUUUCACGAUCUCGAAAGUGCCCCAACUGCAAUAGAUCCUUUGGAAAUAACGAUUACAUGCACAUCACUCUUUGAUUUGGGCGCCUUUUUUUUUUCUUUUCUGCGGGCAAUGUUUAUUAUCUACUAUUUUUUUUUCUCUCCUUUUAAUCACAAAACUUCAUGUACUAUAGCUUGUCUUUUUCUUCUUGUGUUUACACCUUUUACUGUCUUAUUUUACUUCUUCUCUCCCUUGUUGCUUCCCAUUUUCUUUUCUUUUCUUACCCUGUCAAUGUGUUUGCGUAUUUUCAUCUCGGUGGGGUUUAUGGGUUUUUGAUACGGUUUAUCUCAGCAGGAGGAUCAGGUUCUCAGGCGGCCGGAGUUUGGACUCAAUUAUUCGCUCUGGAGGGACAGCCUUUGCCCAUUCCAUUGCAUGUUGGCAAGGUGUGACGGUUACUGUUCUCAGGUAUGCCUUUUCAUGAUCUCUGUUUGCUUUUUAUUGCUUUUCCUCUUGGAUACCCGCUUUGUGUGUGAUCAACACUUGGUGGGAAGCCGGUGGCCUUCUGAAGUGUAGGAGUAUGAUAUCUGCGGGAAGGGUAUUUAAAGGGAUGAUUGCAAAGAUUGGUAUCAUGAAUUGAAUAUCCUACUGUAAAGAAGCUCGUGCCUCCCAAUCCAAAGGUCAAGUGUAGGAACAACUUGGCCUGCAUUUUCUACGUCUGUUUUCCAUUCCCGCUCAAUUCGCUCCGCGAUCAUCUCCUGCAAACCCCUACUAGCAAGAACAUUUUGUGCUUGAUAAGGGCCCAUCACGGAGGCCCGAACUGCAGCGCUGAGGAUCGCCUUGGCGUGGUUCAACAUGAAGACAUAAGUUGUCUGAUGGAGAUCCAGCCCCAUAGCCAAGCACACGACACCCCAUAGAGGCGGCAAGUGUCCCUUAGGCCCUAAUUCAUCC